CUUCAGUCGCCAUUGUUAUUAUGGCGCCUGGCGCGCUGGCACGAAGUUGUCCUCGUGUCUUGUUACCAGUUGCAACCCGUUGUCUCCAGUGUCUUGGUUUUUCCAGUCUCUGGUUAAACUCUAAAAUAUAAUUAUGAUUCCAGAACUUGCAAAACGCCUUGGUGUUGCAUCGGAAAAGGCAAUUCGGAAAGCUGAAGAAUACGAAAGGUUGCUACGCCUUAAAACAGCAGCUUCAGGAUUUCAUGUAGGUGUUACACAAAUGGUAAUUUGCCUAGAUCUGGCAGUCUCUGAUGAAAACCAGGUCUUGGACAAGGAAUUAUCACUUAAGCUAUCAGGCUUGAAAAAGCCAGCAUAUAGUGCUACUAAGCAAACUAUAAAACAAGUUUUGUGUUUGAACAAAGAUAUAUCCAUCAAGGAUGUCUGUGUUCAACUUGGCUGUCCGGAAAUAGCCAGUGAUGCAAACAAUUUGUUCGCAAAAUACUGCAAACAGGCUUCUUGUGGUCAGGAACAAAACAUGGAUCAUCCUGGAUUCAAAGCAGCAGCUGUCAUGUCACUGAGCAAGUUGAAGAAAUUGAGACUGGAUCGAGUAAGACUGCAUGAACUGAGUGGUUUAAAGAAAUCAGUUUUUGAUAAACUUGUGCAUUCCAUGGUUGCACUAAAUAAAGAUAUGAAACAAGAAAUGGUUUCUAAACCAAAAGCUUCAAAGAGAACCCAUAACUUUGCAGAAGCCGUAGAAGCAAGGGCCACAGCAAUGGAUGAGGAAAACCGCAUGAGAGACGCCGAACAGCAAGUCCCAGAUAUCGACUUCGCGGAGUGGAAGCGUCGUAUGUUAGAGGAAGCAAAUAACGCGUAGUGAAUAACUACUUUUAAUUUUAUUUGUGAAGUCAACCAAUUGGUGUACAUUGCUCUUUCUCCUUGUAGGAUUUAUCUUCAUGUAGACGAUAUUUUUUUAAAAGGUAAAUAAAGAUUUUUUUU